GUUUGAGAAAAAACUGCUUCAGUUUCCAAACCCAUAGUUAUCAUUCAUUCUUUUCUUCUGAGACAUUUUUACAAGUAGAAUUCUAUUUAUCCAGUGUAAUAAAGCAUUUUACUCUUUCAUGCCACCAUAUGACCUGCACAAAGAUAGAUGUUUGAUAGAAUCUGUAAGAUCCAAAAACAAAACAGAUUAAUGCCCUUUUAAUCAUUUGUCUCAAAAGGUAAGAUUAUGUGCCUUUUUUUCUAAGGUCUAGCACAUGGCUUGACCACAUGUGCUUGUAAUUUGCCUACACUUCAUAGUGUUAUUCUGGGUUGAAUGUUUUCACUUCUGUAAAUGCCUGAAUGCUGUGUGAAGCUGUCUUUUUAUUAGAUUACUUCCUCAUCUGUAAAGUGCAAAUUUUCAGGUAAAGAUGAAGAUGCUCUUGGUCAUGUUUGGACCCGGAUUGUACCUGUUUUUUGUACUGGAUCAACUCAAUUUGGUCAAAACACUGAACCUGGAAUUCUACCCUUGUGACAAAACCUUCAGCAAUGGAAAUAUACAUUUAGACUGCAUGCACAGAAACCUCAAGAGCAUCCCCAAAUUCAGGUCCCUUUUUAUCACCUUAUUAAAUCUGGAUGGAAAUCGUAUACAUCAAGUGAAAAGUGAUGAUUUCUCAGAUAUUCCCAAUCUUCAGAGUCUAAGUUUAAAGUGGAACUGUUUGCCUGGUCGCCUCAAGGCACUGAAAUUGCCUUCAUGCCAAGUGAUUAUUGACCAUGAUGCUUUUGUUCAUCUCAAGAACUUGACCUUCCUUCACUUGGCAGGAAAUAGUCUCAAGACUAUUCCUCUUCUACCCCAGAACCUUGAAGUCUUAGGCUUAGAAUUUAACAAUAUUUUCCGCAUUGAACAACACCUAGGAACACCUUUUCUCAAACAACUGCUUCUUGCCAAAAAUUGCUACUAUGCCAACCCCUGUAAUGAAUCAUUUUUCAUUGAUCAAAUGGUGUUUCAGGGUUUACCUUUGCUUCAGAACCUCACUCUUGGCUUUAAUAAUCUGACCUCCAUUCCCACACACCUGCCAGCCUCACUGGAAAGUCUAGACCUGAAACAAAACAGGAUAACGGAGAUCCGGGAAGGCUCUUUUACAAACCUCACUAAACUCCGUUACCUUAAUCUGGAGUGGAACUGUCAAAGGUGUGAUCAUGCAGCUCAACCUUGUUCCCCUUGCCCAAAUAAUUCAUCCUUAGGCCUGCAUGAGACAGCCUUUUUUGAGCAGAGAGACUCACUUGUUACCCUUAGUCUACAGGGAAACUCAAUUCGUUCCAUUCCGAAAAAUCUUUUUGCACAACUAAAGAAACUAAAGACGCUUGACCUCUCAAACAAUCUCCUUGCCUACAGCAUCAGUAAUGGCACGUUUUAUGAGGAACUGCAGGGUGUUGUGUCCCUGAGCCUUCGCUAUAACUACCAUCCUCUGAAAAUAUUUCCAUUGUUGGUACUGUCACCCUCUAUUAGCAGAAUGAAGUCCUUGAGGAAGCUUCAUUUAAGUGGGCUUUUUUUUCAUCAGUUGUCCAUCAAUAGCCUUAAGGCUCUUUUCAGCCUACCACAGCUUGUGUAUCUUGACCUGAGCCUGAACUUCAUUCGUUCUUGUAAUUUAACUGCAUUUAAGCAACUGAGAUCCUUGAGAAUGGUUGACCUUUCGCAGAACAUGAUAACAAUCAACCCAUACUACACAGCAAGCUCUAGUAAGGCCCUGACCCUGGAUAGGUAUCAGAGGGAUGAUCAUCUGCAGCUUCAAGAUACGCCUGCAUUCGAGUCAAAGCUCCAGAUGAAUUUUAUGCACUGCACUGGCAAAGAAUGUCCAAAAAGUUAUUCGAUGCAGAAAUUUCAAAAGUGUUUUUGUUAUGGAGAACUCUUUUUUGACCUAUCGCAAAACAAUAUCCCAUGGAUUAAUGCAAGUACUUUCAAAGGACUGGAGAAAACUGUGUGCUUGGAUCUGUCCUAUAACUAUAUGAGUCAAGCUUUAAAUGGCCACCAGUUCAAUCUGCUUACCAAACUGGUAUACCUCAACAUGGCACACAACCGUAUUGACCUUUAUUUUAUUGAAGCAUUCCAGGAGCUAGGAAGCACACUUAAGGUUCUUGAUCUCAGCAACAAUGAAUUCCAUUUUCUCAUGAGGGGAAUAGGGCACCGCUUCACAUUCAUAAAGAACUUGACUUCGCUUGAAGUUCUUAGUUUAGCAAACAAUAACAUUGGUAUGCGAAUCUCCAACACACUUUAUAGUACAUCUCUAAAGUGUCUGUUGUUCUCUGGAAAUCGUUUGGACAUCAUGUGGGACACCCGUGGAGAUCAGUACAUACGAUUCUUUCAGGGGUUGACGAAUCUUACAUACCUGGACAUUUCUGAAAACCAGCUUAGAUCAUUUUCCCCAGAAGCAAUCAUUAACCUUCCUCCAAGUAUUCGUGUGCUCAGGAUGGACUCGAACCUACUGAAUUACUUUCCUUGGGAAAAUAUAUCAGUUCUCAGUCAAAUGUGCUAUCUGAACCUCAGUGGAAACUAUCUUUUUGACUUACCAGACCAAGUUAUCUACUUUGGCAAUAAGCUUAGAAGCCUGGACCUCAGUCAUAACCGACUAAGUGUAAUUCCAGAGUCUUUCUUUAGUCAGGCAAAUGGUCUUAAAGAACUGAUGCUCAAUCACAACCAGCUGAAGAUCUUAGAGCCGCAUGCUCUGCCCCCAUCAUUACAGAAAGGCAAUGCCGUUUGUAACACUUCAACCUUCUGCAAGCUAACAUUGCAUGCUAACCCCUUUAUUUGUAGCUGUGCCACUUCCUGGUUUACUGAUUUUCUACGAAAAAGUCCUGUGGAUAUCCCACACCUCACUAUAGAUGUUCGUUGUGGUUUUCCUCAAUCACAGACAGGAGUAAAUGUGCUUUCCAUUGAUCCUCGCUCCUGCCAGGAGAUAUUUGGCAGUGUUUCCUUCCUCUUUACAUUCCUUCUGACUAUCACAGCAAUUUCAGUCCCUAUUUUGAGACAUCUAUAUGGCUGGGACCUGUGGUACUGUUUCCAAAUAUUGUGGGCAGGACAUAAAGGUUACACUCCACUUCAAGGAAACAACAUGAACAACCAACAUGAUGCAUUUGUGGUGUUUGAUACAAAGAGCAAGGCAGUGAGAGAUUGGAUCUACAAUGAGAUGUUGAUUAACUUGGAAAGCAGAGGAAGAUGGAAAUUACGGCUCUGUCUAGAAGAACGGGACUGGGUACCGGGUGUAUCAUGCAUUGAGAAUCUACACAACGCAGUGUACAACAGCAGGAAAACGGUGUUUGUGCUGACUAACCAGCGUGGCCAUGAUUCUGUGAAUGGGAUAAUAAAGCAAGCUUUCCUUCUGGUCCAGCAGAGACUGCUGGACGAGAAAGUGGAUGUUGCAAUUGUAGUUCUCCUAGAUCCUCUCUUCCCCAAGUUCAAGUACCUGCAGAUGAGAAAGAGGCUCUGCAGAAAGUCGGUUCUCUCCUGGCCUAAGAAUCCUCGAGCCCAGCCUCUCUUCUGGAAUGACUUGCAUAUUGCUCUAGCAUCUGACAAUGUGAGAUCCUAUGAUAAAAAAGUCACAGAGAGCUUCCUAUCUAAUGAGUUUCUAUAAAUCAUGGCACCCAGAUCUGAUGUUUAACCUAAGCAUACUAAGUAAUUCAGAGGGCCUAUUUAUUUACAAAAGCUGUUUCAUUUAUUUACAUACAUCGAAAAGUAUGAAAGCAACACUAACUGCAAAAAUUAAUAUAAGUUUUUGUUCAAGACAUUACAGUGAUGUAUGCAUAAAAUAAAAGCAUGUGACUAAACGUUUGAAGCAAUGUCCAGUCUCAUCCUGGAGGCAGGAAUACACCCUGGACCAAAUGCCAGUCCGUUGCAGGCCACCUAAAAUACCCGUUCAUUUUCACCUAUGGGCAAUUUAUUAGAGCCAGUCCACAUUCCAGCUUGUUUUGAGAAUUGGAAAGAAACUGCAGUACCUGGAAGAAAUCUACAUGGAGAGCAUUCGAAACACCUCACAGACAGUAACCCAGGAACCCUAUACCCAGGAAUUGUGAGGUUCCAUAACUUCCUGCCAUGCCACUGAGCUGCCUGCAUAUUUUGUGUAUUUUACUUACUUGUUAAAAUAUUCCUGAACAGGAGUUGCUUGCUGCCAUACUUUUGGAAUAUGUAUUAUUCUAUCCACAUUCACUGGAUAUGAGCAAUCGAGCACUCUGAUUGAUUGGCUACUCUACUACUAGGUCAUCAGCUCAUAUACCAUGAGUAGAGAAAAACUAAAUGGGGGAGCAUGUUGCUCAACCAAUUGAGGACAAAAUGAAAACUCUAAUCGAAAACAAAACCCCAACAAAUACAAAAAAAGCAACAAAAUAUGGAAUGAAACUAUUUAAUGGUAAGAAUCUUUUUUUCCAAUAAUUAUUACUAUAGCAUUUUUCACAAAUUGCUAUUGUCAUUUCUCCAGUUUGUUUACAUUCUAAGCGGAAAUUAUUUUGUCGGACGUUUUGUAUAAAGUAUUUAUCGAAUUUGGUAAAAAUAAAAGUGCUCUGUUUCUCAAAAUCCAGUGAAUGUGGAUAGAAUAAAAGUUAUUACACUCAAUCUCAUCAUACAUAACUUAUCGCCAACUCAGCGCGAAGCUCCUCAUCGGCUAUCAGCUCAUGUACGACUCGAUUAAGUGGAAUAACUUGAAUAUAGUGCCUCACUGAUACCAUAAUCAUUUUUCAUAUGCCUGAAAAUUAUUUUCCAGCUUCAUAGCAACAUCAGAUCCUCUAAAUUUAUUUUUGUUGAAUGUACAAUAAGACCACGUAUAAUGACCUGAUGUAUGAAAAA